AUGACUUCGUGCGAGUGGGAGUACGCCCACGUCGCGGGGGCGUGCGACGUCGCGUUCGCGAUCGAUGGGAACGAUCUGGAGAAGAUCGUCACGUGCGGGACCGAUCACUCGGUGAUAGUCAGGGAUAAGCGCACGUCGGAGGUGGAGCAUAACUUUGGUGAACACGGAGACGCGGUGCACGCGCUCGCGACGGCGCCGAACGGGAAGCGCGUGGCGACGGCGAGCGCGGAUUAUUGCGUGAAGAUUUUUAGCAUCGAUAAGGGACAGUUCGAGGGGAACGUCACGAGAUUUACCUUGCCCGUGCAUGCGGUGGCGUGGAGCGGUGAUGGGAAGUAUAUCGCGGCUGGGGGCGAGGAUGGUGUCGUCAAGGUGAUUGACGCCGAGGACAAAACCGUCAAGUGCACGAUUGAGUGUCCGAGGAGCAAGUGCAUCAAGAGCCUUUCGUUCGAUCCACGAGGAGAGUUUUUGGCGGGUUCAGACGAUAACGGAACGGUCUUCGUCUGGGUACUGAAGCCCCGGGACGAGAACGAGGAGGUGGGAGACGCGAUACUAUUCGCCACAGAGGCGCCGGUGGCCACGGGCGAGUCGCCACUUUUGAACUCCGUGGCGUGGAGACCGGACGGCGCAGUCUUGGCCGUGCCGGGGCGGGAGAACGACGUGACGUUUUUCGAACGAGAGACAUUCAAGCAGAUCGAGUGGGAAAUGAAGGGUCACACCGAGGCGAUUUCUCUCAUCAGAUGGUCUCCGAAUGGGAAAUACUUGGUCACCGCGAGCGACGACAAAACAGUCAUCUGUUGGGACGUUAAGAAAAAGCUUGCGAUCGCGAAGAUUACGGACACGUCGGAGCUCGUGUGUGGCGCCGCUUUCAGCACCACCGGAAACUCCAUGGCGUUGAUUAAGGGGAACGGCGAGUGGGCGAUGUGGGACGAAGUCGUGCCAUCCAAGUACACGUCGCCGACAGCGAGCGUUGCGCUGUCGGAGAUCGACUUCAAGAGCGAAUUAGUGGCGAAGAGCGAGUUCAUCGACGAUGAAGUAGACGACAUGGAAGAUAAUGCCGAAGAAGAAGAGGACGAUGACGAUGGUUUUGUGGAGUACGACACCGGCAAGUCUCAUUACAGAGAGAAGGUGGUCCACGUUGAAGCCGGGCCGAAGCCGCAACCGGCGUUCCAACCCGGAUCCGUCGCCGCAGUUCCGGGAAGUAACCGAAGAUUUUUGUCGUACACCAUGACUGGCUCUCUUGUGGCUACAACGGAGGGAGAGUUCAGCUCGAUCGAGUUCCAUUUCCACGACACUUCUCGCUUGGGACGCAUUCCGGUCAUCACAGAUACGUACGGGUACACGUUGGGCGUGGCGGGAGAGAAGGGUUGCGCGCUUGCGAGUCCAAUGAAGGACACAGAACAAGAAAGUACUCUUUAUUUCCAUCCUUAUGACAGCUGGGUGCAAAACAGCGAGUGGCAAAUGACCAUGCCGCCUGGUGAGGACAUCCUCUGCAUCGCUACUGGCUCGUCCUGGGUCGCUGCAGCGACGUCGAAGCGCUACCUGCGAGUCUACUCCUUAGGCGGGGCUCAGCGACAAGUUAUCUCUCUUGAGGGCGACGUCGUAUCCAUCGCGGGUCAUGAUGAUUCUUUGGGGGUCGUCUGGCACGAGGCUGCGCCGAUCGGACCGGCUCCGGGAGACCAAGUCCUUGCGUACGCCGUGUACAACAUGCGCCAUGCCACUCAACUCGCUCGCGGUCGACUUCCACUGUCUCACCAAGCCAAGUUGACGUAUAUGGGAUUCUCCGAAGAGGGAAUGCUCCUCAUUUGUGACAGUGCUGGCGUUGUGCGAAUGCGAACGGAGGCUUUUGGUGGAUCAUUCACUCCCGUCUUCCGCUCUUCCGCCGCGCGAGCCACGGAUGGUCAGCAUCACUGGAUCGUUUCCGCGUCCGCCUCGACGCUAUUCUGCAUCAUCACAAGAACAAGUGCUGGACCGACGCCGAGCCCGCGACCGGUUCUCUCCAUGUUACCUCUGUCCGUGCCCAUCAUCACUCCCGAACAGUCGGUUACGGAUCUCGAGGAUGAGGCUGCGCGGGCGAACUUUGCACUGAUGGUCGCACAGAGCUCGGGUGAAGAUGCUCGACUCGCUAUGGGGGCGAGUGAAAAGGCUGCAAUCAAGCUCUUCCACGCGGCGUGUAAGAGUCAGAAGCUCAGUCGCGCCUCGGACAUCGCGGAGACGUUCAGACAACCGAACAGUUUGCGCGCUGUCCUCAAGCUCCCAGCGGUGUCUCGACAACCUGCGCUCGUUGAGAGAAUUCACGAGCUCAUCGAGACUGCCGUCGAUCCGGAGCCGACGCAAGGUUACACCCAGCCUGAGAGCUAUACGCCAGCACCUGCGGUCCGUUCGACGCCCUCGACGGUGGCAAAGACGAAUCCGCUCACGCGCAAGAAUGCUUCGGUACCCGCGGUCGACGAAGGAAACGAGAACAAGGACGUGAAUGAGCUCGGCGUGGGAGAAGGGAAGCGCGAUUUCGACGGUACGCCAACACCAUCCAAAGCUAAAAAGUCCAAGGUCGUCACCAAUCCGUUCGCGAGAGGUUAG